AGGAAGCGUCUGGCAACUCUGGACGGCAGAUGGAAAUGUAAAAUGGCUGCCGAAGUGCUAAUUAAGAAGGGAAAAAGAGGAGCGGCUGCAUAUUUUCAAUCGGAAUGCGCAAGAACAAGCAACCCGAGGCAGCUAAACGAGCUGCUGGACAUUAUUCUCGACCCUCGAAAGCCCAUCGACAUAUGGGACACCAUAGAUUGGUGCAAAUGGCUCAUGGCCGGAGGCAAGACUCCGGACGAGUUCUCCCAGACAGUGCGGCGGUACGACAAUGCCACCACGUGUGGCCUGGUGUGGACGGCGAACUUUGUGGCGUACCGGUGCCGCACGUGUGGCAUCUCACCAUGCAUGUCCCUGUGUGCCGACUGCUUCCAGCAGGGCAACCACCAGGGGCACGACUUCAACAUGUUCCGCAGCCAGGCAGGCGGCGCCUGCGACUGUGGGGAUGCCAGCGUCAUGCGCGAAGAUGGGUUCUGCCACCGGCAUGGUCCCAAGGCACAAGUUGGCAAGCCGCCGGCACCUCCGGAUCUGCUCUGCGUGGCAGAGUCCAUGAUGCCUCGAGUCAUCCUGCGCCUCGUCCAGCACCUGCGUGAGCACAGCAGCAGCGUGGAUGCCGGAACAGUGGGCCAGAAGGCAGUGCAAGAGGCAGACGGCUUCCUGACCAUGCUUCAUCAGCUGAGUGAGAUGGGCGCUGUCAUGCGGCAAGUGAUGACGCAUGCACUCACCAACCCCCUCAGCUAUCGAACUCUCACCUGCGCCGCCGCCAUUGAUGUGGAGGAUGAGGAGAAGGCAAAGUUUCUACGGCACAACUACGAGUGUUACGAGGACGCCAAGCGUCGGCUGCAAAACUGGGAGUGCCCACCCGAGUACCAAGAGAUCACCUCACUACAGCCCGUCCUGACGCACAACAGCUUCCUGGAGGAGUUGGUCUUCUGGAUGGUCAAGUUUGAGUUCCCUCAGAAGCUAGUCUGCUUCCUGCUCAACAUGCUACCUGACAUAAACUACAAGGAGGCGUUUACGCAGACCUUCGUGCAGCACUACAGCCGCAUCAGCCACAUGCUGACGCAGUCAACCGACUCCGAGACCCUUUCCAACCGGGUGGUGCAUGUGAGCGUGCAGCUGUUCUCCAACGAGGCGCUGUCAUUGCGCAUGACGCGCCGGGCACACCUGCUGCACAUCAUGGUGAUCAGCCUGCGCGCCAUGAUGUCCCUCAUCCUGCAGCCCAGCACCCUGCAAGAGGGCGAGCGCAACUUCCACUACGUCGUCAACUGCGGACACCGCAUUGCCAAGGACCACUGCUACUGGCCGCUGGUGAGCGACCUUAACAACAUCCUCACCCACCGGCCGGUUGCCAUGGAGUUCCUGGCUGACACCCGCCUCCUGGACAUGUGGUUCUCCCUGCUUUCCAUGUUUCAAGGCAUGAACGUCAACCAGCGAGAGCUGACCCAGCACGUGGAAUUUGAGCCCAACACGUACUAUGCGGCCUUCUCGGCAGAGCUGGAGGCUUCAGCAACGCCACUCUGGGCGCUUAUCUCGCACCUCAAAAAUGAGGUGGGUGCUAUUUCUCUUCAUUCUAAACCUAAAGUGUUUUAA